AUGCGCAGGUAAACUUCUUCUCUAGAAAAAAAAUUUUAGCAAACGAAACAAGUGAAAUUAAUUGAAUUGAAAUCAAAAAAAAAAAAAAACAAAACAUUGAGAACGAGAAAUUUUAGUAGGAACCAUGCGGCGUUUGCACUCAGGUCGCGGCCAGUUUGCAAAUCAGUCAGCCUCCCGCGGCGCGCCGAAAAAUUUCAAAACGUCAUGACUCAUCCCCGUUUUAACGUUUCGUUUUGAAGCUUUCAACGUAUUUUACACAAUAUUCCAUUUCAUAAGGAUCUCAGUUAGUUGUUCUAAUGGUUGCAGAAAGCGUUUUUUUAUCGAAUUAAAAAAUUGAAGUUUUUUGAAAAGAAACUUUUUGUUGUUCCAAAAUGGCCGCCAGACGCACCGGUUCAAUCGAUGAUUCAUCAAUGGCCGUUUCUUUGUUCACAUAGUACACAUGCUAUAAUGCUGUCAUUUGGAAAAGAAGUUCGAAGUUUCUGGACUUUGCUCAUUUUUCCACUCCCAUCGAUUGUUGUCGCUAGAGGCGCGUAAACAAUUUUAUAUCAACGCGUUUUUUUUCAUUCUGAAACGCUUUCUGUUUAUUUCGUUGCAAUCUGAGGGAAAAAAAGUAUGUAUUAAUUUUUUUUUCAAUUCGCCAGUUCUAUCUCCAGACUUUUUAUCCAAUUUAAAAUUUUUUUUGUCUUUCUCCUAUUUUUCUAGGCGUUAUCAUUUAAAAACUUCCUCUCAUAAAUUUGCCUACAAAAUUUUGGAAUCGAUCCGUUCCCAAAGGCGAAAACGAUGAGCUUUUGUUUUGUCUUCACCAGUGCUUGAAACACUUGAAAAAAAGCAUACAAAUAUUGUGUGGGUUUUUUUGAAUUAUAGAACGAUUAUUGAUAAAAUCUGUGUUUUUUUGCCAACUUUUUCAAAAAUUAUUCUAUUUAAAAAUAGGAAUCUAUGGGUUUUUUUAGAGUUUUUUUUUGCGGUGAAAUCAGGUUCUCCUAUGAUUCACCGUUCGUUUUGUUUGAUUAGUUUGUGUGAUAAUGCUGAGUGUACUAUAAUCUAAUGAUGUCAAUGUUUACUAAUUGGUCUUUUUUUGUUUAUUACUUUAAAAGCUUAGGCUAAUUUUUUUCGUAAUCUUUUAUUGUGUUAAGCCAAAAGUCUAAGUAAGUCUAAGUUCACGACAUUUUUUGAAUUUUCUACCAUUUUUUUGACACAAAUCGGCUCAUUUUUGUUAAAGUUACGUCACCUCUUGGUGUUAAACAAUUUUUCCUGGUAAUAUCCAAAAAAAAUAUUUCAGUUUUAUUGCGUACAAAAAACAAAACAUUUUGUCUCUUGGAACUCAUGGAAUCUUUCUCGAAUCAUUUUUUGUCUGUUUCGUAUCCUCGUGUCUUUCAGUUUUCAUUAAAGAAGAUGCUCAUUUCAGAGUUAUAAAAAUGUCAGGGUACGGAUUCCUAUGUGUGCCUUUGAAAUCAACGAACGAAGUGGAUUUGGUUAAGCCUUUGACCACCUACAUUGACACCGUCUACAAUACUUCCGAUGAUAAUCGAGCCGAAGUCACCGAGGCCGUCCAAGUGGCUAUUUUUCGUUAUUUUGGAAAGAAAACUGUGUUUUAAGUGAAGUCUUAAGUGAGAGAAGUACUCCAAAAAGUUUUUUUGACGUUUCAUUCAAUAAUUUUCCGUCCAACGGAGUUUGAAGUUAUUUCAUGACUGAUAACAUUCGUGAAAACUGCUUGAGAAACUAGUCUUGAACAAAUUGCAAGUUCUUAAAUCACACGCCUUUGACAGUUUAUUCGGAAAAGUCCUGAUCCAGAAAAACAGAUUUAUUUGCAUUUCAUUGAAGAUAUUCAGGAAUUGAACAAAUUACGCUCGAAAGCCUGUUGUCAGCCUCUGGAUAAGCAUCAAUCUGCUUUAGAUGUUAUUACCAGGUUUUUACGAUUGUUUUUGUAUUUUGGACUGUUCUUUCUUCCAUUUUUAAUUAUUGGGUAUAUGUUUUCAUUCUCAUUUUCAAAAAUAUUUCAUAUUCAAACAUUAAUCGGUUGAUUCCAGAUACUAUGAUCAACUCGUCGCGAUCGAGAAUAAAAUCGUUAUAUCCGCAACACAAAAUCCAGUCGUUUUCAAGUGGAAAGACGCUUUUGACAAGGGUAGCUUGUUCUCCAGCAGGGUAAUUUAUCAUAUUUUUUGUUCCUGAAAUAGUUUAAUUUUGUGUGGUGAUGAAGAAAAUCGCUGAUUUUCCUAGUAUUCGACGUUAAUUUCUGUUUUCAGGCCGCUUUAUCACUUUCCGAUGGAUCUUUCGAACGAGCUUCCGUGCUUUUCAAUUGUGGAGCUCUAAUGUCCCAGGUGAGAAAUUGAGUUUUUUAUUGGCACUUCCUAUUUAUGUUAUGAUUAUUGUUAAAUGAUCAUCAAAUGAAUGAAUUUCACCUUCGUUUUUCGACUCUAAAAAAAUCUUUUUACAAUUAAAGGCCCUUCGUUUUAAGUUUGAUGAGUUUCUGGCUCUAUUUUUUUUUCUUUUUUUCUGAACUGCUCUGCGGUUGAAUGAGAGUUUUAAAAGAACUUUUUUUCGAACUUCAGAAGAAAUUAUCCUUUUUUUAAAUAUUGUGAAGAAACAUUUAUUGAACUUUUUAAACCUUGGAAGAAUUUUUUUGGAAAGAUACAAGGGAAAACUUUUUUUCUUUUCUAGUUAUUUAUUUUCCAACGAUGUAAACCAAAUACAGAUUGCUGGUACCCAACAGUUCAAUACCGAUGAGGAGAUUAAAACAGCGGCCAAGUUGUUCCAACAAAGCGCAGGUUUUUCUUUAAAACCUGGAAUCUUGAACCCCAAGUGAAUUUUUCAGGAGUUUAUGCGAAACUGAGGGACACGAUUCUCGGCAUGGUUCAGCAGGAUCCGACUCCCGACCUCAUGCCAGACACUUUGGCCGCUCUAUCGGCUCUGAUGGUCGCCCAGGCUCAGGAGGCCAUUUAUAUCAAGGGCCACAAGGGUUGGUGACAGUAGAAGGAUGAAAAGUAUUUUAGCCAUACAUGGGAAGAUCAUUUUGAAGCCCCCCUCGAAUUUCUCCUCAAAUCAAAGUUAAUAAUACCUGAAAUUAGUGUCAUUGUGACCAAAACAAGCUUUCUGAGGUUGAAACUUAAUCCUAACUUUCUAAAAAAAUAUGUAAGCCAACCCCUCCUCCAGGGCUGAAUGAGUUCUGUACUUGCCCAUCUAUGGUUAUAGCCCAUUCCGUGUAAGAUUUAGAUUUUUUUGCAUCUGAGCUACAGAAGCCGUUAUGUUGAAGACUCUAGUCUUCUUCGUCCUGGAAAUAAAGAGUCUGAUUACCCUGAUAUCUCAGUGAUUUAUAAGCCGUUUCCCUGAUUCAGUUGGGCUCGAAAAUUGUCUUUCCCAUUUGAACUGAAAUUCUAAGUGUUGAGAGGUUUUGGUGUAGAAGAUUUCACGGUGACCUUGAGAAAUAAAGGCAAAGAAGCCUUUUUUGAAGUUUUAUAUGCAAAAAAUGGAUUUGGAACCUUCAAGCUGUCGACUUUAGGAGUAUUAAGUUCAUAGGAAAGUUGAAAGAACUUUCAAAUUUUUUUUUGUAUUUUGGAAAUAAUCGCUUUUAUUUUGGUAUCUUUUGUUUAGAGAAGUGAAGAAAAUUUUAACACUAUCUAUCAAUUUUUUUCAGACAAGAUGAAGCCAGCGGCGAUGGUGAAAAUCGGGGCUCAAGUGGCGGAUUUCUACGCCGAAGCUCAGAAAUUAAUGACCAAAGAUAUUGUCAAAGGCCUUUGGGAGAAGGUAUUGAGAAGAGCUCUUUUUUAAAGGCGCAGAGAGGAUCCAAAAAUAUCACCCCGGAAUAUCUUUUCAAAAAACUUCCUGCGCGUUUAAAAAUCUUUCGUUUUUCACUCUAAUUAUUUCUUGUUCUUUUUCAGGAGUGGCUGAGCACAGUCAAUGGCAAGAAUUUGGCCUAUCAGGCCCUUUCGCAGUUCCAUCAGGCUGAGGUGAGAACUUUGGGUAGAGAUAAUUUCCGGAGUUCAUGUUGGAUUGGAUGUUUCCAAGCCAUUUCAUUGCUCUUGGAAUAUAAACUUUGAACAAAAUGAACUAUUGCAGUUCAAUUUUUGGUUUUAAAACUUUUUCAAUCUUCCUUUCUUCAGCUCAACGGCGAGAAUCGGGAGAUUGGCGAGCAACUUUCUCGACUCUCUGAAGCGAUAAAAUUGUCGGAAACUGCCUCGAAAUACCUGCCCGCCGGUGGUUCCAAUGCAAUCACCGACCUUUUCCCGGCCAUUUCCAAGGCUCACACACUGGCCAAGAAAGACAACGAUUUCAUUGUGGGUUUUUGUGUGGUUUUCGAGUUUUCAUAUGUUACGCAGUUCAUAUAAAAAGCAGUUAUUUUCAUUAUUGAAUGAAAGGAAAUUUUUUCAGAGAAAAUGUUUACUUUUACUUUUUCUGAUAGAGUCAUGAUUCCUUUGAGAACUAAUAGGGCUAUCUCUAACUUUGAAAUAAAUUUACAAAUUGAAAAUAUUUAAUAGAUAAAUCAACAAUUUGAGCGCUUGAGUUUUGAAACAGAAUUUGAAUUCUUUAAUGAAUUUUUCCAGCUUGGGAAGAUUUUUGAAUCAUUUCAAGCUUAUUUAAGCCGUCAACUUGAAACAAAAGUUCAGUUAAAACCUAAAAAGGUAUACUUUCAAAAUUUGUUUUUAAACGACCUUUGGUUUUUUCUAUCGAGCUUAUCAACUUGAACUUGAUUGACUAUUUAAAGUGUCGAUUGAUCGAUUAAAGAUAUCAUUUUCAGUAUCAUGAACGAGUGGCUGAUUUCCGGUCCCUUGGAUCACUGCCAAAAGCGCCACUGGCCAAGCCAACCCCUGUCACUUACCCGAUUUCGCCUAGGUUUAAAGGUGAUUUUCGAUUUUUUUUCCCCAAAAAAAUGUUUCAAAAUUUUUGAUUUGCAGAUAUGUUUGAAUCGCUCGUUCCCGUACAAGUUCACAACGCCAUGCAGUCUUACGAAGCGAGGAAGGCCGAGUUGGUCAAUAUGGAGACGGUUCGGCUAAGGGAACACACUCAGCUCAUGAAUGGGUGCCUUUUGUUGAUAUUAUAAAAAACAUCAGAAAAUGGCUCAAUUUUUGCGAAAUUCCGAAAGAAAAAACCAUUUUUCAUUUUCAAAAAUUCCUUCAGCAUCCUCGCCUCUCUCAAUCUGCCAGCGGCUCUCGAUGACGUCACCUCCAACGAAACGUUGCCCGAAUCGAUCAAGCAAAAAUCGUCGAAGAUUAAGCAGGAAGGCGGCGCGACCGAAAUCCAACGACUAUUCUCGGAAAUUCCCUCUUUGUACACUCGAAAUGAGGAGAUCAUCAAUGAGGUCGAACGAAAAACUGAGAUAAAAUCGGGAAAAUUGGUAUUUUUCAGACGAGUCGUGUGCUGACGGAGGAGAAGGAGAGCGACGAUAACUUGAGGCGGCAGUUUGGAACCAAAUGGAAUCGGAUGUCCAGCGAUCAGCUGACUGGACCGCUCCUCCAGGUUCGCGAAUUAUGAAAAAGAGUUUUCCUUGAAAAGGGUCUCAAAGAAGAAUUUUAAUAUAUUUGUUUUUAAUUCUAUGAUUCACUGAAAAAGAUGCGAGAAAUCUGACAUUGAAUUGAGUGAUGCUGAGAUAAGAGUCUUUUUUUUCAUUUUAUUUACCACAAAAAAAAAGCAAAAAGGAUAUGAGUUUUGCGGUUUAAACUCCUUGGAAGUUUUCAAAAAGGCGAUACUUCAUUUAGAAGGCAAAAAGUAGAAAAUAAAACAACCUGAAGAUGAUUCAAAACAUUGACAGUCACACUCUGUUUUUCGCGACUUGAAACUGCUUUUUGUCUCUGUGUGCUCCUCCUCUCGGCAUCUCUCUCUCAUGAAGAUGUGCUUUUUAAAAUUUUCUAUGGCCUUGCUGGUUAGGGAACAGAUGAAAUGCAGAUACUCGAAAAGUGUCAAAUUGCGGCGAACGGACUAUGCAAAAAAAUAUAUAUAAAAAUAAAUCAACGAUGUUUAUUUCCGUAUGAUUUCUUUCUGAAUUUUAUUUAUAGAAAAUCUUUUUUCAGGAAAUCGGCAAAUACAGAGGCAUUCUUCACACGGCGUCGAAUGCCGACAAGAUGGUCGAUGGGAAAUUCAAAAUCCAUCAGCAGGGCAUCACUUUGUUGUCGAAGAAUGAGGUUUCCGAGAAAGAUAUUCCUGUUUCACGACGGAUUUCUUCAAGGUGGAGUUGAAGAGCGCGAUUCCCGGCCAGCAAGGUCACUCGAACAACGGUCAGAGUGAAUCCGUUCAAAAACUGCGCCAGUUGAUGUCCGAGGUGCAGGAAAUCACGACGGAGAGGGAGCAAUUGGAGAAGGUUUCAUUUUAUUUAAAUUAGGAAUAAAAAAAUUAGAAAAAAAUGAGACAGAAAGAAGGAAUUUUCAUAAUUUUUGUGCGUUGUAAGAGGAAUUUUUUUAUUUCAUGCAUUAAAAACAGGAAGAAAACUUUUUGAAAAAAAUGGAAAUUCCGGUAUUUUUAGUUCAAAAAAGACGUUCGAAGAAUUCAAAAACGUUCAAAAAAAGCAUGGUUUUCUAGAAAUUUGGCUCCCAUCUUGAAUUAAAAAUUCAUUAGAUUUUUCCUAAAUUUGAUCGUUUUGAAAAAUUUUGGAAAUCGUUUCUCAGUCGUUUUUAAGCCAUACUUUGUUUCAAAAUGAAAAAGUUUCAGUUGAUUUUUCCAUCCAGAAGAUCAACGAUCUUUUGAAGCUUUCUAUUAUAUUUUGCAAAAUCACAGGAACUGAAAUCAACGAAUUGCGACAUCGCCAACGACUUCCUGAAGGCGAUGGGCGAGAGUCAGAUUCUGAACGAAGAGCAAAUCUCCCGAGAAAAGAUCCAACAGCUGUUCGGACCUUUGAAGUCCCGAGUCGAGGCCUCCGUUAAACGACAGGACCAAGUUAUGGCCCAGGUUCAGGUAAUUGAUCCCUCAAAAUUAGGAAAAAACUUGUUGAAAAUUAACUUUUAGACAUGGAACUCGAAAUUCGCGUCGGAGAAGUCCGGAUCGGCUUCUGGAGCCGAACGAGAGAGGAUUUUGAAAAUGCUGGCCCAGGCGGCUGAUGCCUUCCUAGAACUGAAGGCCAAUCUUCAGGAAGGCACCAAGGUCAGUCAAUUUACCAAGAAGAGACAUUUCAUCAGAAAAAAAAAGCAAAGAUGAGAGGAAAGAAUGGUUUGAAGCUUUUCAAGUCAUUAGGUAGAGAAGUUUUCGAUGUUGGAGUGACUUUUUAUGAAGGAAAAGGGAGUCUAAGAGCCCUAUAGAGACUACUAUAACUAGGUCUACGUCCAAUGUGAAAUCAGCCUUUAAAUUAUGAAACUCUUUUGAGAAUCAAAGGAGAAACUGUAAGUGAACCUAUAACUAUAAUUUUGAAUGACGAAAUGUCAAUUUUUGAGUUUAUCAACCAGUUGUGAACUGCCAUUCGGCUGAAAACUUUGAAAAUUCAGCCCUAACUUCAAACUUUGCAAAAGCUCAAACUUAUGCCUAAUAGACUUUUUCUAGAAACAUCUAGUUACCUUUCAAAGAGUUUGAGAAAGGUUGAAUCAGCUGAUAAAAUUGAGGAAAAACAUGUUGAAAUCAAGUUUUGCAGUUCAAACUCAUGUAAUCUUUUUCAAGAAGUAUUAAGGAACUUUUGAAAAUUUUAAGAGUUACUGACUACUUGAAAUAUCUUCCUGACCUCAAUAUUCUGCAGUUCUACAACGACCUGACGCCGAUUCUGGUACGACUGCAACAGAAGGUCAACGACUUCUCGUUCGCUCGGCAAACGGAGAAGGAGGACCUGAUGCGACAGCUCCAAAUCAACAUCGUGGCAGGUGCGGCCGCGAAAACGCUUUUCGACAACGUCGGUCAGAUGGUCGCCGGCUACGUCACUGGUCCGUGCUCGUGUGUGUGUAGCUUGAUCGAGUCUACGUUCGAAACUCCGAAAGUCAGAGAGCGCCCUCUUGUUUACCAGUGGUCUCUAGCUUCCGGAAACCUCGGACUCGGACGUAGACCACAAAAGCUCCUGAUGGGUUUUAAAAGGGCAACGGUUUUCGAAAACCUUUGAGCUUGAUCCUGAAGCCAUACAAGACUUUUGCGCCUUUGAAAUUCUCAAGCGAGCUCUCGUGUGAAGAUUGUGUUUUUGCUUGUCUUUUCGAGAAUAACUGAAGAUCGACCGACAAAUCUCGCCCAUCGAUAACACUUCACUCACUGUAGUUGUUCUCGAGUCACUUAUUUGAAGCGUAUUUAUAUUCCAGCUUCUAGAACUCUUUUCGCUUGCUUACAAUUGAAGGAAAGGCGCUUCCUGAUUGAGAAUUUGAUCAAAAUUUGCUCCCUUUGAUUAAAGCUUUGAUUAAAAUUUUGCUUUUUAGCAGAUCUAGAACUCUCAGAGACGCUGAAAACUUUAUUUCCCUACUAAAUUUCAUCGGAGGCCUAGCAAAUUAGUGGAAUUUUUUGUUUUAAAUAGGCAUUGUUUUUUUUUUCGCAUGUUCAGUUGAAUAUUUCUUUUAGAAACUAUUCUAGGCCUCGAGUUCUAUGGACAAAUCAAAUAAAUUUCUAGUAGAUGUUUCAUUUAUUUUCCGUUCAUGUUUCCAAGAAAACUGCAUGAAAAUUUCUAAAAUACGACAAAUUGAUCGCCGUUUGAAAGCUCCGGAGAGCCGCGAACAAAUUUUUAUUUGUAAACGUCAUUCUAUGAGUUCUUUACGUUGUUAAUUUUCGUCCUCGUUUCGUGAGAAUGAUGCACUGUUUUUUGGGGAUCGGGGACUUGUAAUUAAACUUUUUCUCACGAUUUUCUGUUCAUUUUUGGCUUCAGGAGGCGCUGGAGGGAACACUGGCGGCGCGUCGACCCCAACUGCACCGCCACGACCACCGCCACCACGGCCCUCACAGCCGAACGUCGAGUCGCCGAUUCCGCCGCCCAGAAACGUCCAGAGCUUACAAGGUGAUUGGACUUUUGGACUUUUUGGAGUUUAGUGUAGUUUUUUUUUGUGUGGGAGGGGGUUUUGAAAUGUUGGAUCAGAAAACACAUUUCAGCUUUUUCUGUAUGUGUUGGAAGGUCUGUAAACUCAUUGAUCAUGAUUUUUGAAAAAAGUUAGGAUUUAUUUCGAUUUAUCUCUAGAAGACUCGAAUUUUCCAACUAGUUCUCCCAACGCUUCUUUUGUUGAAUGAUUCAGCCCAAAAAUUUAAAUUUUUUAGCGCUUUUUGUGAUAUACUAAUGUAUUAGAUUUUUAUUUUGAAGUUUUAUGCUUGUGGUGGUCCUUUUUAACAUUUUUUGCAUGUUUUUUGAAGGUCUAUUGAUGGAUUAUGUUCAAUUUUUGUUGUACUUUUUCUCCUCUACUAAACGAUUUUUUCGUCUGCAGCUGUCCCCGGAGCUCCACCUCAACAGCAGCCGCAACAACAACAGUACAAUCCAUACCAACCUCAGGCUCAGAAUCCGCAAAUGAACCAUCCGGGCUACUAUCAGCACCCGGUCCCCUAUGGUUUGUUUCCUUUUUUCUUCAAACGAUUCGGAAAAGCUUUGGUUUCUGUUGGUGUCUUUGUAUUGUCGGUGGAAAGUGGUGUUUUUUUUUUUGUUGCGAUAUAGUCUGUUCAGAUUUUGAAUGUCAAGUCGUCGCUCAAGCUCCGCCCCUAAUGGUACGAUAAACCAAUCAGAGAGCGGGCCAUUCACAGAGUAUUUUUGAAUGACGUCAUUGCACUUGACAUUAAAAAUUUGAACAGAAUAUAGGUAUGAUCGCGUUUGGAAUGGUUCAGCGUGCGGCCGACCUUGAAACUACUUGGGCUGGGGCAGCCUGACUUAGAGCUAUUAUUCGGAUAUAUUGAAUUCGAGGCGAACAUCGAAAAUUUCAUAUAAUUUUUUUCAGUAUCCGAUUCCCCGAAAUAUACGUUUUUCAGGCCAACCGCAGCCGCAGCAGUACAUGUUCCAGCCCAAUUAUCAGCCAACUUUCGCUGCCCCCUAUCCGACUUUCCCUGGCGCCUUUCCCAGCUACCAGCAACAGCAAUGGCCUCAACAGCAGCAACAACAGCAAGGAUUCCCGCCAAAUCCAACCUUCAAUAACCCUCAACAGCAGCCUCCACAUAAUACCAACCCAUUCCAGUGAUUUUUCGAGUUUUCCCCCUAAUUUGUAUAAAUUUCGACCUGAAAAUGCGUUCUAGCGAACUGAAACCUGCCAGAGCGUUUUCGGCAGCUUUUUUAGGCGUUUAAAUGUGCUCUAACGAAGCUUGAUUGGGUGGAGAAGCGCCCUUUUUAAGUUUGAAGUGUUUUUGAAAACAUUUCAAGGAUUUAAAUACGAACUAGGAGCUCGAUUCGCUGGCCGAACCUAUUUCCAUAGAAAUUUUGACGUCAGAGUCGUCUGAGCACAUUUUUCGGUUUUUUAGUUGAACAGAUUUUUUUUAAAAUAAUCAAAGUGCUACUUGGAGUUGGAUGAAUUUGGGCCUUAGAAAAUAUUUUCUCUUUUUGUAAUUUUUAUUCAUCCAAGGCUUGCCAUUUUCAAUCUGUUUCUUAAAAUUUUCACUUUUUGCUAGGACUUUUGGGAUCUUCUAUCUUUUUGUCGGUACAAUGCCUUAGAAAUGCAUGUAUUUAUAAUAAUCCUUCAAUUUUUUUAUUGUCUUCAAUAUUUCUCACUACGGCUGAAUGUUGUGUACAUUUUCUUUUUCCCAAUAUUUUUUCUAUUGAUUGAUAUAAAUUUAUUAUCAUGUAUGAAAAAGUUUGCGUGAAAUUGAUGGAUUAAACCGCCGGAAAACCAGGCUCAAAUUGAAUUUGUUCCUUAAAAACUUAAUGAGAUAUUAUUUUUGUAGUAUUUUUUUAUGAGGGAGAAAAUGUUUUUUUAACGUUGGAAGAGUGAUUAGCGGCGCUUUUUUUUCCGACUUCUUCGAGUUUUACCCUUAAGUGAUCACUGUUCAGGGAAUUAUGGCAGAUUGUGAAAAAGCCGCCGGAUGAAACACAUAGAACCCGCUUCAAUCGUCACGGGGUAAACAUUUCUAUGGAGAAAAAAAUUAAUUUUUGUUUCAAAUUAUUAUGAUAACAAUAAAUUGGAUUUUCUAAAUCAAAUGAAUCUUUUGAAUGAAUUUUUGGGAGGAAGAUAUAACUUUGGAAAUUUUGCCGAAGAAGAAUUUAUUUUCGUCUGCACGCCGGUUGGGCACGUCCUACAGUGUGAGUUCUUAAAAUCUCUGUAACUUUCGUUGAAAAAUAUGUGGGAGAAGGUUGUUUUGGUAUGAAGGAGUUCUCAAAAUCAUACCUUAAACGAUCUGACUCGUCUGCACUCUCUCUUUCUGUUUGUACGCUUUUUUAUGACCUGGCUGGCGAGAGAAAAGAGAGCCCAGACAGGCCAGACUGCAAGUCGAUUUGAUUCAUUUCAAUUGAAAUGCUUCAGAAUUUUUUCAGGAAGCCGUGUUGAAAACGGUCAGCCCGUUGAGAAUUUCGAUUGAAUUUAAUAAAAAGGUUGAAUUUUUUUCUUUGAAACUUCAAAAAAAUUCUGAAUCGUGUUUUUUUCUCUACUGAUAAUACCUUUUUAAUGAAAAAAAGCUGACGAAAUGAUCAAUUUUUGGAAAUUCAAAAAACUCAAAACUUUCGAAAAAUCUUUUUCAUCUUUUUAAAGGUUGUAAGUAGGCUCCAAUAAACUUUCUCAAAGAGACAAAGUUCAAAAAUUUAUUAAAUUGAAGUGAAAUUACAGAGUUUACACGUUAAUUAUUCCUCAUUUUGAUGAAUUUUUCUCUUUCUUCUUUUUCAAAUUUAAUAUGAAAUAGUUCAUUUCUAACGCCAGGGCUCAUCGGCGACGGACCUUGCCAAUCAGUCUUACUCGACCGUUCUGAAAGGCGGUCACCUCAGAAAGGUUCACAUUAUUGCUCAUGUUAAAUUGGAAACCACGCCCCUUUCCUAGGACUCAUUUUCGUCUAUGUCGUCUCCAACGGAAAGCGUCAAAUCUCAGGUUUGGAAAUGGAAAAAAGAAGAAAUUAUUCUCCAAAUAUGUCAUUUUUAAAAGAUACUGAAAAAGGCUUUUUUUCAAGCUUUGGAAACCGUUUCGAAACUUUGAAGUCAAAAUAUGAAGUCUAAACACCUUACGGGGAAAAACUAUAGUGACCACUUAAGAUGAUUCUCAAGGGCUACAUGGAGAGGACACUAAAGUGGCCACUAAAACCACUUCUAUAGAAGCCACUAUUUUGGGCUUACUGCAGUAGUUUUCAGUGGUCUAGUAAUACCACUAAGAUUCCUUAAAAGGCCACUGAAUUUUAGUCACCUAAGUAGUCACUAUUUUGACUCCUAUAGUGGUCACUAAAUAUUUUCCCAGUAAGUGACCAUUUCUAGGAGAGUUUAUCAUCAGCGCAAAGUCAAUUCACCUACUCAACGGACAGAGAUACCUUCAUUUCAACGGUUUUUGAGCCUCGGAAAUAAUAGCAGCGCUAUUUUUUUGGCUUCAGAUGACGGCUGAAGAUGAGAAAGAGAAUCUCGAGGAAACUCUUCGGGGAGUGGAAAUUUUGGACGAUCAAGCUGGAGAAACGACUUUGGAAGGAGAAGAAGAUGAAGGGAUUUCUGUGGAAGAGCUGGACGACGAGAAAGAGGAACAGCUUGGAAAUAAGGACAAUUCAAAGACUUUUGUCGAAAAAGAUGAUAAGGAAGGAAAAUGUGAAGAAGAGAAGAAGAAGCCGGUCGUGGUAAGUGAAUCAAAAAGAUUUUACAAAAAAAAAAAUGGUUUUUUCAAAGUUUUUUUCACUGAGCCGUUUUGAAAUCAUCUUUCAUUUUUGGUAAUUUCCUGGCGAAAAAAGUUCUCGAUCACGUCACGUGAAUCUCAGCCGCUUUGAAAUUAGCGCCGUGUCGGAAUUUGCUAGUUCUGUUGAUCCUGAAAAACUCACCGGCAUUUCAGCCGCGAGAAAAAAUUCUGAGCUUUUUAAAAAAAAAUUUUUGUUCUAUGAUGAAAUCAAAUAUUUGAAUCCUAUCGUUUAUUCCUGUCCGUAUUAGAGAUUAGCGCCAGAUAUAGCUUUUGAAAAACUCCUUUUUUUAGCCGACCGAAAUCAGCAGCGCUUUUUCCUCGAAUUCCCGGUCAUCUUUAGAGGAAAAUUCUCAAAACCUGAUGUUAAGUCUGAGAUUCCAAUAAAAGUGAUAUCUUCGCCAUGCGCGAACUGAGCCGUCAAAGAAAUAGCGCCAGCUGUUUAGUUGUCAUAAUCCUUCCUAGUUAGUUUCGAGCCGCGAAAAAAUUGCUUUAGAUUUUGGUUUUCGUUUUUCAAAAAGUUAGGAUUUCGUAAAAGAAACAAAAAUAAUAUUUUUUCGAUUUUUAGGAAACUCCAAUCUUGUUCUCAACAAGCAGUGAGAGUAUCUUGGUCGGUUUUUGAUUUUCUUUUUUUCUUCACAUUUUUCCUCCAGGACUCUUUAUCAUCCUCUUUUUCCAACUGUGUCAGGUUUGAAGAGGAUAUCGAGGCUUCGGUUAGUUUUUUUGAAAUCAAUAUUGUAUUAUUUUCUCAGAAACCAACAGUUUUACCGAAAUUUCGACCGUCUGGGGGCGUUCGAGCCACGCGGCCUAUUCUGAAAAGUGAGAAAUUUUUUUGAGAAAAAAAUUUUUUUCUUUUUAGAAACUUCCUGAAAAAAAGUUGAGGAAAUCGAGAAAGUUGAGAAGAAGACAGAGGAGCCGGAAAAGGUGGUUUUGAUUGAGAAAAGUGGAAAAAAAAAAAUAAGAACAAGAAUUUUAAGCCAAAAGUGAAAAAUCAGAAUUAUUUUUCUUGUUUAGAAGAUCCCUGAAAAGGCUGUGAACAUCGAGAAAAGGGUAAUCAAGUCCGAAAAGGUUGGUUCUAUUUGAGAUUAGAAAAAAAAAUUUAAUCAUGGAGGUUUUGAGAAAAGUCAUAGUAGUUGGAAACUUUGGAGAUAUUUCCAGAAAGAUAUUUUUAAUUUUUUUGAGACAUAAAAUGAGAAAAAAAUCAUUAUUUUUCUUUGUUCAGAAGAACCCUCGAGAAGAUUCGAAGAUUGAGGAGAAAGCAGUAGAACAAAAAAAAGUAGGUUGUUCAAGGUUUUUAAGGAAGUUUGAAAAAGAUUUUCGCGUAAGAUCGAGAAAAAGGUAAUCGGGCAAAAUUUUUGGAAAAAUUUUCAGCCAAUCGAAAAGGCCGUUUCGAAAAACUGCAAGAAACUUGGCGACCUGCAAAAAGAAGAAGCUCGAAAGGCUCCGAACUCGUCUCAGGUGCGAAAAAAAAAAUUCAGCCACUGCUUAUUUUCAAUUGAGUAAAUUGGUAGACUUUCCCCUUUUUUGCAAAUUUUUCAGUUCAGAAAAUAAAAGAGAAAACUUGAAUGAGACUUGAUUAUGAGAAAUGAAUUUUUUCAGGCUCCCCAGAAAAUCGAGAAAGUUCAGCCCAUUGUGCACUUGGCUUUGGUACGAACAGUACAUGCGGAUGUGAGUUAGGAGAAAAAAUUGAGGGUUAUGAAAAUUUGUUAAUUUUUCAACGUUUUCUAUCAAUUUUUGACUUGGAAAAGUCACGUGUAGAAUUGAGUUUCUUCAUUUUUUCUCUGAAAUAUUUUUUCGAUAGAGUAAUUUAAACAGUUUAUUGUUCUUUACAGUAGUUUAGGGGUAAAAAAAUUGAUUGAGUUCGGAUAUUUCUCAAUUUUCAGUAAUAAUUGCUAAUAAGUUUGAUAUUCUAGUUCAUAUCGUUCAUUUUUUUUGGUUCUUUUUUAGAGUUUUAAAGUUGAGAAGGGUUUUUGUGGGUAUAGUCUGAGUACCACGACUUGGAAUUUUACCGAACGACAUUCCGCUGUUCCGCCGGGCGCUUUUGCAAAUCUCGGUCGCGCUUUCAAUUUUUUCUUUCAUUCAAAUACUCGCAGAUGAACGAUCCAUCUAUCUGCAAUAAAAAUAGUCUGGAAGGGUGACCUAAUUCCGCAAAGGCAAAGACGCUUUGCGACCGUACACAGCGGAGCGUCGUUCGGGGAAAUUUCAAGUCGAGGCACACAGAAUAUGGCACCCAAUUUUUGUACUUUCGAUUCCGUUUUUAGAGACUUUUUUCCUUCAAUUUUUCGAACUUCUUCUUUUAGAAACUUCCGAAAAAGAAAGAGUUCAUCCCGCCGCCGGUCCCACAGCAGCCAAGAUAUAAUGGGGUUUACUUUUUCAUUUUUUUAAUUUGUUACCAAGAAAAGAAAAAAAUAAUUUCGAAUUAUGUUAAGGAUUUGACGAGAAUUGAAAAAAAUUUCUUGGAAGUUCGUCUUGACUUUUAAAUAAUUUUUUUUUGAGAGAUGGGCAUAUCCUCGUCAACCUUAUCGACCGGAGAACAAUUAUAAUUAUUAUGGACGCCAGAGUCCGUAUAAUAGAGAUCGGGUGAGUUUUUCUUUGAAAUUUGAAAAGGAAAUUCGUUUUCGAAAGUGAACUCGAUUCGCCACGUUUUGAAAAAUGACCUGACCUGUCUGCGCCCUCUUCUCCCUCACCGUAGAGUUCAUAGAAACGAGAGAAUCGCAGAGAAACCAGGCGGUUUCAAAAUGUCGCGAAUGAGAUUUUUUGACUAUUUUUUUCCUAAGUCAUUAUUGACGUUAAAAUGUUGAAGAAUGGCCUGUUUCCGACGAAAAACGGAUACGGAAUGCCUACAAAUUACCGCCAGAACACGGCCAACAACUACGGCGACUAUCCGGAAACGUUUGUCCGGAAUAGGAUCGAAAAAGAAAGGAGGAUGAUUGACCAAUCGACGAGCGAUCUGAGAGAGUAAGCCUGAUUUUGACAUGAUUAUUUCGAUGAGGCAAGGUUUUGAGCGCUCAAAUUUUUUUGGCCACUAGAAAUUUAAUUUUUUUUUUCGAACGGAAGUCUUCCAAUUCCAGAAACUUAUUGGAUGACAUAGAUUGCCAAAAUUUCUAACAAAAAUGGUGGAAAAAGUAUUCGGUUGAGAUUUAGAUUAAAUUUGGCGGAGAGGUGAAUUGGGCAUCCUUGAUUGAAAAUAAGUAGGCAAAACUGAGCUUUUCUUUUUUAUGAGACCUUAAAACGCCGAAAAUUUUGUUUUUCAGAAAAAAUCUCUAGUAACUAUACCUAAAGGCAGAAAGGCGUGGCUCUUUCUGAAAAUUUUGAAAUCAGAGCGUCCUAAAAAAAACCUUCGGCCUAAUUCCCUCGUUCUCUCAACACCUUUUGCCAAUCCUUCGAGUCUCCUUGAAAAACUAGAAAUGAGCGUUUUUUAGUUUCAUCUAUCAAGGAGAAAAAGAGUUGUCGGUGCUGAAGAGACGCAUGAAUUCAUUGGGCUGUGUACAUGAGCCGUCGACGACGCUUCGUGCGACUCUGAAGGAAGUCAGGGCGGCUGGAGGAAUCCACUCCGUAGAUGAUAAAGUCGCUUUUUUGCGCAACAGCUAUUCGACUGCUAUGGUAUCGUUGAAGAAGGUUUGGUGAGAGAUCAACAAAGACCUGAAGAGACGCCAGAGAAGUCCGAUUCGUGCCUCUGAGUACAAAAAGAAACAGUGAACUUCAUUGACAAAAAAGGCAAAAGUUGAGAAAAAGCAAGAGAUUAAAGAUGAUCCGAAGAGACGGCCAGAGAAAGAGAGAGCUCAUUCCUUCUAUGGUGCUCUUUCUUGCCGCUGUGCAGAGGAAAACAAAAUGAAAUUUUAAAGCCAAAAUACGAUAAACUGAGAGGAAGCGAUAGAGUAACUGCCCUUGGAGACGUUAGACAUUUUCAAAGUCUGCCUAUUCUCUAGCGUCUCUUCGGGUCGCUGAGUUGAAAAAGGCAUUCUUAUGACCCAAAAAGAGACAAAAAGCUCAGAAAAAGCGAAAGCAUUAUGGCGUUUUUAGAGACGCCAGACAAGAGAAGAAAGAGAAGACUUUUUUCGUGUCUCUGGCGUCUCUUCAGUCCGCGCCUUAUCUUCAGAUCUGACGAAAAAUAUUUUUUUUACUUUCCAGAAGUUGUUUGAUACUCGUGUCCCUGUAGAGUAGUGUUACGUAACCACACGUUUUUUUCUUCAGCUUGUAAGGCUGUAAAAAAUUAUCUCCAAAAGAAAGUUCUCAGAAUGGUUUGAAUCGAUUGACCGCUCUUUCAGGUGGAGGAAAUUAUCCGAUUUGAAAAGGAAUCCAUUUGGAUAUUACAAAAAAAGUUUGCAUGCUGUUUUCCGAUCCUCCCGAGUCCACGCUUGGACCAUUACGCACAGGUUUUUAUUCGGUUAUGGAGGAGUUUUUAAGUUUUUAAUUACGAUUCAAACUCUAUGAUAUUUCUUGUUAGAAAAAUUGAAGCUUUUACUCAAAAGCCCUCCAAUGAUAAUUCUCGGUGCUUGAUCUUGAGAAAAUGAUAAUUAAUUCAGAAAUUCCUUUAAAAUUAUUUGAAGUUGAAGUGCGCUCCAUUGAUAAUUCCAAAUUUUAAUGUCAAAAAAAGUUUUCUGGGCUAGCUACUGACCUUUAUGCCCUAAAAAAGGUUUUAGCUUUUUUAAAAGCUUCAAAGUUUGCCCCAUUGACAAUGAAGUUAUAUUUUUCUCAGGGUGCUUCAAAAAGCCGGGCAGAAAUUGAAGACAUUGUUACCCUAUCCAGCAGCCUCAUCCGCCACUAUGAGACCCAACGUCCUGCCUUCAAAAAAAUCCUGGAGUUUGAAGUUUAAGUCUUACUGUAAAUAGAAAUCACCUGUGUUUUUUUCUUUUCAGGAGCUCCGCGAGUGUGCAAAUCGGCUAGAGCAGGUGAUUGAGGAAGCCGGAUUGAUAGUCAAUUUGAAGAUCAGAUAUCCGUUGGUCCGUGAUUUUUCGAGUGUUACGGUAGACUUAGUUGGUUACUGUAGAUUGAAGGAGUUUAGAAUUUCCGAGCAUAUAAUAUAGUGAUAAUAAUCAUCAUUUUUUUGUUAGAAAUUUUUCGAAAAAGGUCAGAGUUAAAUUCUAAGUGGGAUUGUAUAAAGAAUAAUUUAUUCUAUUCGGGUAUUUUUCUCGAAAAAUGGGAUAAUUUUACUGUCGAUUACGAUAUCUUAAAGGAUUUGAUUACUGUAUCUUUUUUUGUAGAACUUCCUCGUCAAAAAAAUUUCAACUAUAAAAAUCAAGAAAAAACGCCCCAUUUUUUUCUAUUUUUUUCGAAUCUCAUGGUAUACAGUAGCAUAUUGACCUCGUACAGUAAACUAUACAGUAAUUUUGAGACUUUGAUGUCCGUGAAUUAUCUAACAAAAAGUCAUGAAUAAACGGAAAACUUUCAAAAAAUUCCAUGCUAGGGGCAUAGACUACUUUUUCGAGGUCUCUUAAACCCUUCGAUAUGAUUUCUUCGCCUCAAAUAAGCGAGCGCACUUUCGACGUUUCAGGAGUCCGAAGAACAAUUGACAUACGACUUCAGAAGGUUUUUACGACAGAGCCGACUUCCUCCGUUGCAUCCCGAGUGUGAAAUGUUCUUCGACCUGAGUUUUGCUCAAAACCAACGGAAUAUCAGUCAUCAAGUUGACGCAAUCGUCAAUUUUGAGGUCUUUUUUCGUGUUCAGCACCUUUCAUUGACUAUUUGUUCUCAGAAGGAGUUCGAACGGCUCAAAACGUUUAAAGCCCCACGUGCCGAUUUUAAUGAAUCGACAAACUCUUCAAGUAUCCGAGAAGCGAUGUAUUUAUUUGUCGACAUGUAUAAUCGCAUCCGAGCUGGCGUAAAGGUAAAGCUUUUAAACGCAAAAUUUUGAAAAAAAAAUUUGAAAAUAAAAAGUUUUGCGGAUUACUGUAAUCACAUGCUGUGUAGACACCCAAUGCGUACAAUGCAAUUUUACCCCAAAAAUUCCCUUUUUUUUUAGCUUUUUGUACUUUUUUUUCUCGGUAGUUUUGAUUUAUAAACUUUGAGGACCUUGGUGAAGUACGGAAGUUUGUUUUCAUCGCGUUUCGCAUCAAAUCCGCAUUAGUUUUUGCUGUUUUUUUUUGUGUAAUUAUUAGAAUCUUCUCUUUUUCUUCUAUAUUACUUUUGAUGUGAAAUAUAAACAGCAUUCAGCGACUUUUGGACAUAAUAUUGAAUGAAUAAAAUAGUUUUAAGGCGUCAUUUCUUAUUUCCGGUCCUCUUUUCCGAUCCUCACUCAACCCUAAAAUGGCGAUGAUUUUUUUUUCGAAAUGCUUUUUUUCAGUUUUACGAGGAAUCUGUGGGUGUGAUUGAGGCGUUGAAAGAAAACGUCGAAGAUUUAUCAGCGGCGAGUCAAAGGGAAAGAGAUGAAAUUUCGCGGGAUUUGCAACCAAAAAUGGACGAUUGUCGACACAGGGGUCACUGAACACUGAACAUUUUAGGAAUCUUUGUUUUUGAAGGUGUUUCAGAAAAUCAAAAGUUGAAAUCCCUGUCGUCGAAUAGCAGCGGCUCCAGCGAGUAUUCUACGGCUUUCGGGGGAUCGGAUCAGAAAAAUGAGAAAAGGGACCAGUUCGAUAAAGAGCCACAACGUUUCUACACGAAGCUGGUUCGAUUCGCGCCACAAGACGGACCGCGGCCGGUUUACGCUGGUCAGCACCAGAUGGGCGGCCUUGAAAACCCAGAGUUCGGACAUAAACAGCAGUAUCUGCAGGGUUACGGUCAGUUUUGAAGAUUUUACGGUGUUUUGUUUUUCCCAAAAGUUUUUUUCAAUUCUUAACAUGAAAAAGUAAAAUAAGUCCUUUCCUUGUCAAAAUUGAACCAUAUAUGAAUAGCUUUUUCUCAAGUUUUUGCUUCCGGAAUCAUUUAAAAGUAGUUUUCAUAAAGUUUUCAGUUCAACCAAUGAACCCGACGCCACGUUCGAUCCGUUCCGUAGCAAAUCCGCAGCCGCCGUCUCAAGCCUGCGAUAACCGUAGUUGUUGCUCGAAUGAUUACGGUAGUACUGUAACCGUGAAGUUUUUAUCGUAAAUUUUAGCCGCGCCGUGCUCCAGCCACGCCCCUCCUUGCAAGCCUCGAAAGUCGUGUUGUGACGGUUGCACUGAACAUACGUCUUCUUGUUAGUUUGGAUUUUCAUAAUUAGUUCAAGAUGCAUAUUUCGCGCCAGCUUGUCACGUUUUUGCCUGAAAUGUCUUAAAGCGAAGGUCCGAAAACGUGCAGGUCUUGAAGCGAACUGUCGUUUUCUCAACAUUAUUUAACUUGACAAAAGCUUGUAUUUUGAAAAUUUUUUAUACCUUUUUUGCACCAAAUUCAUGUAUAUGGUCUCUUCCUUCUGGAUUCAUUGAGACCUGAGCUGACCCAAAUUUUAUUCAAAUUUUUUUUUCUCAAAGUAUUUGUAUGCCAAAUCUUCAACUUGGACUCGUUUUGCUUUGUACUUACUUGCCCAUUUAUUUUUUCCAUGUUUUAGAAUUGUUUUUCUCAGCUCGACAAGAACCGCCUUCGUCGUGCUGCUGCCACCGUCAACCGACAGAAAUGACGGGCUGCCGCGCGUCGCCACAUCAGUCGCAGCAGCAAAAGCCCGCCCAGAAGCCCAUGGCUCCGCAGCCAUCCUUUCCCGUUAGUUCUAAUCAUUCAUGUCGAUUUGAUACGUUGUGGUAAGGUUUAAAGCUUCAAAUGUAUGCUCUUUCGAGCCGUAAAAGUCUCAAAAAGCCGUUCAAAGUUUAACAAAAGUCAAUAUAUUUAUCUCUCAAAAAAACUUUAUCAGUUGUUAAGUUUCCUUACUUUUUAAAUUAUAUAUAAUCGUUUUUCAAACUCGAUAGUUUUUCCGCGCCAAAAGCAAGUUGAGUUUUUUUAAAAAAUGAAGUUCGAAAGUUAUAAAUCUUUCUUUGAAAUUUUUUUCUAAACCAUGGUUUGAAUUUCAUUCUGUUGAAAACAUUUUUUUCCAACUCAAUUGAUUUUUUUAAUUAACAUUCAAUUUGAACGUUGCUGAGUUGUCUCUAAGAAAAAGUAUCGAGUGUGUCCUUAAAUGUCAUUAUAAACGGGAUCUUUUUUUGGAUUUUCUCUCUUCCUUUAAACAGAACCCGGAUGUCUGUUUCAAGUCAUUUUAUAUUACGAUUUCAAGAUGACGUCACCGACGAUGGACCCAUCGCAGCAGUACUACUCUCCGCAGGACUUUUACUCGCCAAAUGGUCGCUUUCCUCCAAGUUAUUGA